AAUUGUUGGUAAGGAUGACAAUAAUGCAGAUUCCUUCCAACUUUCAUGAUUGGUCAUUCAAUCCCCAAACCAAAGUGGACGAUCAUGUCCUUAUAUGCCUUUGAGGAUUCUACAGGAUCUUAAAUGAAAAAAGAUCUUGUUUUUGAUGUCGACUCCUUUUUGUUUCUUGCUUAGAAUAGCACAUCUGGGUUUUGGCCUCUUAGUUGUUAUGCAACAAAGCAAGUUCUAAGUUUCAGAUGGGCAGGUGAGAAUUGUUAAACCAGCGGGAUUCACUUACAGAAUCACCAGCUUUCAGGGAUGUUGGAUGGAGGCAUGACUGUGUCCUUCCAUGCACUAAAUUGCCCACCAGCUGUUCUUGGAAAUGCAAACAGGAAAAUGAGUCCUUACAGGAGAAGACCAAAUCCACCCGGAGCUGUUCACAUAUCUUCAGUUCUUGUACAAACUGAUGAGAGUGACAACUUCUCUAAAUCCAAGAAGAAUUUGGGUUCAGUUAGAUCUCUGAAAAGAUGUCAGGCCCCUUUUUCUCCCCUAAAACAAGCAAAUACAGUUGGCAUCAUAGGAGGAGUAUCUGUGUGGUCCACUCUUGUGUUCCUGGAAAAGCUUGUUUGGUGGAGCUCAAGAGAUGACAAAGAAAGCCUCCCUUUUACUGUCUGCAGUGAUCCGGUGUUACACAAGGAGAUUUCACCUCAUAGUCAUAGUUCAUUUCAAUUUCUCAAUGGCAAGGCUGCUCUAGUUGGAUUAAACCACGGAUUGAUUGUCGAGAAUUUGCUGCAUAAAAGGAGAUUUCUUGAGCAGUCCGGAGCUCGUUGCAUUGUUAUGCCAUGCCAUAUAUCACAUGCCUGGCACGGUAAGGUAUCCGAGGGCUGUUCGGUACCUUUCUUUCAUGUUGGUGAUUGUGUUGCCAGGGAACUCAAAGAAGCAAAGUUAAAGCCACUUGAAGCUGGGAGUGAUGUUCGUAUAGGGUUGCUCGCGGCAGAUGCAACUUUAGCUGCUGGUUUCUAUCAGGAGAAACUGCAGAGUCAGGGCUUUGAAGUAGUUUUGCCAGACAAGGGAACCAUGGAGCACAUUCUGAACCCUGCAAUUGAAGCGAAAAAUAGAAGGGACAUGGAAGGAGCCCGAAAUCUUUUGAGAAUAGCAGUGCAGGUUCUAUUGGUGAGGGCUGUGAACACUGUGAUUAUUUGCUCUGAUGAAAUGCAGGGUCUGCUGCCUCUGGACGAUCCUCUUCUCAAAAAAUGUAUUGACCCCAUGGAUUCAUUGGCAAGAUCAACUAUAGAAUGGGCCAAGUCUACAGGAAAGGUACAAAAAGAACAAUGAAAUUUAUGAUCCAUCGGAAGAGUAAUAUGUACAAAAUCUAGCUCUGAAGAAUCUACAGUUUACCUUGUGAAAUAAUUCUACUUUUUUCA